AAUAUUUCGGGUACCACGGAUGCAAUACUCUUGAAGACCUUAGGAAGGUACUCAGGAGAUCUGGUGGCGUUCCACUGGAUAUUACAGUCCACAAUGCAUCUAUUGAGAUGACCCGCCUCCUGUUGGCGGAGCGACACCGUUGGCGUCGUCUACUAUUUGACAAGUCAGAUUGGCACAGUCAAUCCGAGGAUCCUUCAGAGGUUCUUUUCGAGACUCCGAACUCAACAAUGGAUCUUGAAGAGCUUUACCUGAACUCUGAAUGUCACGAAAACAUUUUGUCAUGGGUUAUGGUAGCCAAGCCGCGAAUUUUGCGACUCUACAACUUCUCGCCUACGCCACUGGUGAACCUCACAUGGUGGGAUUCACUCCAUACUCUAGAGGUUAACGGUGAAUCUGAAGAACCUGGCUUCAAUCUCUCUGUGUUUGGCAUCCUGUCAGCGCUUCGACUCCAGCUUUCCCAGCUGGAGCUUCGGUCGAUACCCUUCACGGAGUCCGACCUCGGAGGAGGUCUAGAAUUUCCACAACUUCAGUCCCUUGAACUGGAGCAGGUUGGCUCCUGGUGGAAAUUCUUCGCCCCAAGGCUCACUUCCCUUCACCUAUACCCGUUCAAUCCGGCCCCAGCUGGUGUGGUGUUGACUUACCCAAACGUCACCGAGUUUCAAUACUCUGCUUAUCAUGCAGCACUCUUAUCAGGGACUGUAUUGCUUCCAAAGCUCGUCUCUAUGCGGCUAAACGAUCCUGUGGAAGGCACACCUGGAAUCAACUUUGUGUGGUGUAAAGCAGAUGGCACAUUGUCUCAAACAGUCGCGAAAGAAAUCACCAUAUCAGCAUCGUAUGGUAAUUCGGCUCGCAUUUCGUAUAAAGAAUUGAUGGCGAGUCUGCGACCUCAUACAAACCUCAUGAAGCUACACAUCGAAGAGUUGGUGCUCCCUGUCACAUUCUACAAGGCGUUCAUCAAGGGAAACUCACAGAAAGAUGUUUUAUGUCCAAAUCUUUGCGAACUCGUAGUCGAUUUGAGCGCUGGAAGCAGAUCAAUCAAGAUAAAAUUUGCCCAGUAUAAUGAGGUGUUCGAGACACUUGGGGCAGAGAGACGUCAAAGUGGCGCCCCUCUGCACCGACUUCUGGCGUUAUCACUCCCUUCUUCUCAACAACCACCUAAUGGUCCAGGAGUAAAUGCCCAUGUCUUCUACUCCAAUCACCCACUCUCAAUUGCUGAAACGACUUCGAUGCGGGCCCAAAUAGAAUAUUGCAAAACAACUCGACAAGCAAUCGCUCAGAAUAUCAAAGAGGUCAAGAAAAGAUUGCAAGAUCUCGAGGGUUGGAAAGUGAAUAAUGAAAAGAUGAUAGCAGUCCUGAAUUGGUCUCUAUCACCGAUGCGUCGCCUUCCAGACGAAACGCUUAUCGAGAUACUUGAGCUAU